AUCAAUUUCUGAAGAUGCCCACCACGUCACCUCACCAGCCGCCCCCACCACCACAAGAGGUGCAGGUGAAGCAAGUUCUCUUCAGCCUCCGAUGGCGAGUCAUGUGCCAGAUCCUCCUGGCACUUCCAGUCAUCGGGAUAUUCGUGUGUCUCAUCACUUCCAUGAUCUUCCACUCGGACCAUAUAAACAACACGGUCUGUAAGGUCUACAACUUCCUACCAAGCAUCAGUGCCGUGACUGGGGUGUCGCCACAACGCUACUUGUGGCGAGUGGCAGUGGCUCUCCACAUCUCGCCACGGCUGCUCGUGGCGUUCGUAAGCAAGUCUCACUACGAGUCUCUGGGCUGCAUUCUGUCGCCGCCCCAGCGGCCGGCCUACCAGAGUCUGGUUAGGGCCGCCUUCUACCUCAACCUCGUGGAGCUGGGCACUCUUUGUGGCGUCACCUACAUCAGCAACAAGGAGAACUACC